GGGCAGGACAGCCGUUGCCAUCAUGUUCUGUCUCCGAAGCUGGCUCCCCCUCCUCUUCAUCCCGACCAACGCCUCGCCCGCCUUCAUCUUCCUCUUCUUCAUCUGCACAUACUUCCUCAACCGGCCCUGCGUCUAUUGCAGCUUCCUUCUGUUAAUCCUCUUCCUUACCUCCUGUAACUGGUCAGACCGCUGCUUCUUCGACUUCAGCAGUAAUUGGUUCCAGCCUCGCCCGCCCACCUCCUCGCAGCUGCCCGACCUCGACCCGAACACCGGUUUCAAUGCCACCGUCGUGGAAGUGAUCAACUCGACCGCCAGCGCGCUCGCCGGCGCUGCAGCCGAAGAGCUUGCGAGGCAGAGGCAGGAGUGGACAGGGCUGGGCAUUGAAUGGCUGCGCAGCCUCCUCGGGCGGAGAGAAUGGCGCGUCGAGUGCCUGGAUAUCAAUAUUCGACUAUAACAUUUCGUGCUCUGGGGACGCUGUGUGCCAAGGGACAGACAAAUGUUUAUGAGUAACGACCAUAUUCGCGAUUUGGGAAAAGCACACAGUGGGAAUGGUGAAGGGAAGGAGGCAACCUCGCCGAAGGUACACCAAAGAGAAGAACGGGUUCUUGAGUGCAUUCCAUAGCGUUCUUAUUUGCGUUGCGUCAGCCGUCCGAGGCGGAUGGGAUAAGGUCCCGGAUUUUUGGGAACUGCGUGGCGGGUCGUCAAUGGCCAUGCCAGCCAGCGGAGAGCACUCGAUUCGAGGC